AUGGCUCUGAAUAUAAUAGAAAGAUUAGUUACUUCGCUGCUAAGGGGACGUAUCAAUAUUAAGCAUAUAUCGAUUAUUAUGGACGGGAAUAGAAGGUUUGCAAAGGACAAGGGGAUGCACACGUCCUUGGGCCAUUACAUGGGUUCCAAAACGUUAAUUCAAAUCAUAGAAAUAUGCGUUAGGUUAAACAUAAAAAUUUUAUCCGUGUUUUCACUAUCUUUGCUAAAUUAUAAUAGAAGUCCUGAAGAAAUACAUUUUUUGUUUUACUUAAAUUUGCUCAUCUUGAUUAAUGAAGAAUUCUUUUUUAAUUUUGUAAAAGACCAUAAAAUACGAAUCAAAGUAAUUGGAAAUCUGUCCUAUGUUAAUGAGCAUUACAGGAAAAUUAUACAUGAUAUAGAACAAAAAACGAAAGAAUUUGACAACUUAACUUUGAAUAUCUUUUUCUCGUAUACCAGUAGAAAUGAAAUGAGUCUUUGCAAAUUUAACCCAAACUUGUAUUAUGAUACAUAUAAAAAUUUACUACAAGAACGAAAAAUUUGUUAUUCUACAAUUGCAUUAAGAAAUACGAUAAAAAGGGACAUAGGUGAAUAUGUACAAAGUAGUGCAAUAAAUGAAACAAUUCACUCGAAAAAAAUUCAUGAAAUGAAAUGUUAUUGUGGACAACGUUCUUUCUUAGAUGAGGAGCAGUUAAAAAUAGUUAAAUAUCAUAAAAAAUUACUUACAAGUGAUUUGCCACCUCCAAAUAUAUUAAUACGAACAUCUGGGGAGCAGAGACUGUCAGAUUUCAUGUUAUAUCAAAUUUCAGAAUUUACAGAAAUUUAUUUUAUUAAUGAGUACUGGCCAGUCUUUAAUUUUUUGCAGUUCAUAUAUGUUAUCUUACACUAUACCAUUUUUCAAACAACUAAAUUAGUAUUUUCUUACUCAAAUCCUUGCCAACAUUAG